AUGCCAACCAUCGUGUUAUCUUCCCUCCCUCUGCCUGUUUUCGCGGAGUCAGAUGGUGGCGAUAAUGCAGGGCGUGUUAUUGCAGUAGUUCUGUUCGGCCUUCUCAUGUUCGCGACUAUCUUGUCGUUGCUCGGGAUGAUGUACCAAGAGCAUCAAAAGCGCGCAGACACGGUCAUUCUACCGCCUCCUGCCGAUUUGAUGCCCGCGUACCGUAGCCGCGUCGCUGCCAUAUUCCGUCCAGGCUAUACGAAUGCUCUUCCGGCCAACCAUGCAUGGGCCGCUGGGCCAAUGGAACAGCGUCCUCCGGAGUAG